GGUACAAGAACCAGUCGCCGCGGCGUCCCCACGGACACUGAAGCCCAGAUGCUCACCCUCUCCGCCGACAUGGACGAGUCUUCGUCGCUGCUGGAUCUGCUGGAGUGCUCGGUGUGCCUGGAGCGCCUGGACACCACAGCCAAGGUACUGCCGUGCCAGCACACCUUCUGCCGCCGCUGCCUGGAGAACAUCGUCAGCUCUCGGAACGAGCUCCGCUGUCCGGAGUGUCGCAUCCUGGUGGACUGCGGGGUGGACGACCUCCCGGCUAACAUCCUCCUGGUCCGCCUCCUAGACGGUAUCAAGCAGCGGCCCCAGCGAGGGAACGGUGGAGGAGGCAGCAGCAGGCAGUCCCUAGCCGGGGGCUCGCUGCAGGGGUACGCAGCCGGGAUAUCCGCUUCUCCCCCGGGCAGUGCAAUCAGAGAGCUGCCUGUAGCCACCAGGAGCUCCCCUGUAAAGAAUAUUCCAGCGCUGCCUUGCGGUAAAGCCCUCUACUCCUACGAAGGCAAGGAGCCAGGUGAUCUCCAGUUCUCCAAAGGUGAUAUCAUCAUCCUGCGACGCAAGGUGGAUGACAACUGGUACCAUGGCGAGCUCAAUGGUUGCCACGGUUUCUUGCCUGCUAGUUACAUCCAGCUGCUGCGUCCUCUCAGCCAGACUCCCCCCCAGGGCAAAGCACUGUACGAUUUCGAGGUCAAAAACAAAGACCAGGAUAAAGACUGUCUGGCCUUCAGCAAGGAUGAAGUACUGACAGUAAUCAGGCGAGUGGAUGAGAACUGGGCAGAAGGCAUGCUGGGAGACAAGAUUGGUAUCUUUCCCAUUCUCUAUGUGGAGUUAAACGAAACAGCAAAGCAGUUGAUGGAAAUCGACAAGCCCACAACAACUAACGUGCCAGGUCCGAGCUCUGAGCCAACUCCAUUGGACCCGUGUUCUCCUGGUGCCUCCCCCAGUUCCUCCCCGUCCAAUGGAAACGGCUCUGGCCAUCGGAGAGGUGAAGGGAAGAAAAAUGCCAAAAAGCGGCACUCAUUCACAGCACUGUCUGUCAGCCAGAGAGCAGCCCAACUUAACAACAGACACAGUAUGGAGAUCUCCCACCCGGUCCUCAUCAGCUCCUCUGACCCCAGGGCUGCUGCACGCAUCCAGGAUGCAUCUUCCCCGGGUCCCUCUCCCUCCUCGGCAGGGGUACUGGUGCCUCCAAAAGUGGCAUCCAUAACCUCUGAGCUGCUGGCCCAUGCCAAGGUGCAGCUGCCACUCAACAUAUACCUAGCUCUGUACGCCUACAAGCCCCAGAAGGCUGACGAGCUUGAACUUAGGAAAGGAGAGAUGUAUCGGGUGACAGAGAAGUGUCAAGAUGGAUGGUUCAAAGGCACGUCACUGAGAACCGCAGCCUCUGGCGUCUUCCCAGGGAACUACGUCACCCCCGUGUCCAGGGCUCCUUUUGGAGUCGGUGCUUCUCGGGGCUCCUGCCUGUCCAGUCCAGUAAGUGGAGGAGGAGGAGGAAGUGGGUGUAGUAAAAUCUCAGACCCGUCGUCCCCAGGGUCCCCGGGGCCCUCUUCAUCUCGUCCCUCCACCCCACUGGUAACCUCAGCCAACUCUGUUAACACCGUCAGUCCCGCCUCGUCGCCACAAACUGCCGCCGCCCAGCUGAAGAACUGCCUGCGCUCCAGCCAGCACACAGUUAACCAAGCACGCACCUCAAUGCAGCUGGUGCACAGUCCCCCUGCUGGAAGUCCAGAGCGCCCCAUGGUGGCCAUAUCUCCCCUGCGUCCUCAGAUCUCCUCUCCCUCACGUUGCCCGGGCCAAUCAGGACGCCCUCUCUCCAUGGUCUCUCCAGGACCCAGCUUAGGGCCCUCACCGCUCUCAUCCCCAGCCUCGCGGCCCCUCCUCCCCCUCUCGUCUCCUCUUUCCUGCCUCACACCUCCAAAUGUGUCAGCGGCGCUCCUUAAUGGGGAACCAGGAAGUCCACUGCAAACGCCAUCCCCAGGACCCUCCCACGUCACCACGCAGGGUGGCCUUGCCCCCAAAACAGAGAAGAAGGAGAGGAAAGCAGGAGGUUUGUUAAAGCUGUUGUCGGGUGCGGCAGCAAAGAAGAAGCCUCGUUCACCACCUUCGUCCCCGCCCACCCACGAUCCCUCCUUGGCUGGCCAAGGCGCAGUGGCCACCGACCCCACCCACCAUCCUCACCACCAUCACCACCAUGCCCGCUCAGGUUCCUGUCCGAUGGCGUCGCAGGGGCGGGCGGGCUCGUGUCCAAUCGAGAGUGACAUGGCGGGCGCAAUAGGGCUGGAGCCUCUACACAGGAAGUCCGGCUCACUGGAUACCAACUUCCCCUUGUCGCCCCCGGCAACACGCGCUGGCAAUGCUCUGAUGGUCCUCCGGCCUGAACCCAAACCACUGUCCAGAGAGAGGUAUCGUGUGGUGGUGCCCUAUCCACCCCAGAGCGAGGCGGAGAUCGAGCUGCGGGAAGGGGACGUGGUGUUCGUGCAUAAGAAGAGAGAGGAUGGUUGGUACAAAGGCACCCUGCAGAGGACGGGACAGACCGGCCUGUUUCCCGGCAGCUUCGUCGAGGGCUUCUGAACUGGAAAAAGCAAGAGCCCACACUGUUCCCAUUUCUGAGUCUCAAAAAAGGAAAAAAAAAAAAAAAAAGAAAAGACACACACAAGCUACCACUUGAGCUUCUUAC